UGGUCAGAACAUAUUAGCUCUGGUGGGAAAAAGUAUUACUACAAUUGCAAGACCGAGAUUUCGCAAUGGGAGAAACCUCCCGAAUGGAUAUUAGUGUGCGAUUACAAGACCAGAACAUAUGGUUUAUUUAUACUCAGCAGUUUGGUCAAUCAGGUGAUUGUCUUGUGCCGAUGUUUCGGCCCGUGUCCAACGAGCCUUCUUCAAGAUGAGGUUGACUGA